AUUAAAGAUACAAAAUUAACUUUAAAAGGAAGGACUUUUUUCUGACCUAAAGUAAAUUGAAAAGCAAGCCGAACAUACCUUGUCUCAACAAUUUUGGAGUCAGACGCGCUACCGUUGCGCUACGAGGCCUGUCUCAACAAUUUUGAAUAAAGGAUUAUGGUUACUCCACAGGAUCCACUGAACAUAAGAUGUUGCCACAAAAUGUACCUCGUGUAUUUUUCUCUUUUACUCAAGAGCUGCACAAUUGCAGAUUUGAAGAGAAUGUCUGCAGACUGUGUUGAAAAACUCUGAAGAACCUAAUUAACACAGGAUGACCUAGGACUGAUUCUAAGCCCAGAACAGGAUAUUAUUCCUUAACGGCUGUGGUCAGUCUUAGUUCUGAAUGCUGCAGAUAACAGCAAGUAGAGUUUCUGUAUUUCUGAAAUAUUCAGUUGACCUUCCAUCACUAAGACGGACUUUUCUAAUCUGUUCCGGGAGAUAUUAAUGGAAUAUAGUCAUGUCCACUCAAGACGAGAGGCAGAUCAAUACUGAAUAUGCUGUGUCCUUGCUGGAACAGUUGAAACUGUUUUAUGAACAGCAGUUGUUUACUGACAUAGUGUUAAUUGUUAAGGGCACUGAGUUCCCAUGUCAUAAGAUGGUUCUUGCAACAUGUAGCUCUUAUUUCAGGGCCAUGUUCAUGAGUGGACUAAGUGAAAGCAAACAGACACAUGUACAUCUGAGGAAUGUGGAUGCUGCCACUUUACAGAUAAUAAGAACUUAUGCAUACACGGGUAACUUGGCAAUAAAUGACAGCACUGUAGAACAGCUUUAUGAAACAGCUUGCUUCCUACAAGUAGAAGAUGUAUUACAACGUUGUCGAGAAUAUUUAAUUAAAAAAAUAAAUGCAGAGAAUUGUGUGCGAUUGUUGAGUUUUGCUGAUCUCUUCAGUUGUGAGGAAUUAAAACAAAGUGCUAAAAGGAUGGUGGAGCACAAGUUCACUGCUGUGUAUCACCGGGAAGCUUUCAUGCAGCUGUCGCACGACCUACUGAUAGAUAUUCUCAGUAGUGACAAUUUAAAUGUAGAAAAGGAAGAAACCGUUCGAGAAGCUGCUAUGCUGUGGCUAGAGUACAACACAGAAUCACAAUCUCAGUAUUUAUCUUCAGUUCUUAGCCAAAUCAGAAUUGAUGCACUUUCAGAAGUGACACAGAGAGCUUGGUUUCAAGGUCUGCCACCUAAUGAUAAGUCUGUAGUGGUUCAAGGUCUAUAUAAGUCUAUGCCCAAGUUUUUCAAACCAAGACUUGGGAUGACUAAAGAGGAAAUGAUGAUUUUCAUUGAAGCAUCUUCAGAAAAUCCUUGUAGUCUUUAUUCUUCUGUCUGUUACAGCCCCCAAGCAGAAAAAGUUUACAAGCUCUGCAGCCCACCAGCUGAUUUGCAUAAGGUUGGAACAGUUGUAACUCGUGAUAAUGACAUCUACAUAGCAGGGGGUCAGAUUCCUCUGAAAAACACAAAAACGAAUCAUAGUAAAACAAGCAACCAGACUGCCUUCAGAACUGUGAAUUGCUUUUACUGGUUUGAUGCACAGCAAAAUACCUGGUUUCCAAAGACUCCAAUGCUUUUUGUCCGAGUAAAGCCAUCUUUGGUUUGCUGUGAAGGCUAUAUCUAUGCAAUUGGAGGAGACAGUGUAGGUGGAGAACUUAACCGGAGGACCGUAGAAAGAUACGACACUGAAAAAGAUGAGUGGACGAUGGUUAGCCCUUUGCCUUGUGCUUGGCAGUGGAGUGCAGCAGUUGUGGUUCAUGAUUGCGUUUAUGUGAUGACACUGAAUCUCAUGUAUUGCUAUUUUCCAAGGUCUGAUUCGUGGGUAGAAAUGGCCAUGAGGCAGACUAGUAGGUCCUUUGCUUCAGCUGCAGCUUUUGGUGAUAAAAUUUUCUAUAUUGGAGGAUUACAUAUUGCUACCAAUUCUGGCAUAAGACUGCCCUCUGGCACUGUAGAUGGGUCUUCAGUAACUGUGGAGAUAUAUGAUGUGAAUAAGAAUGAGUGGAAAAUGGCAGCCAACAUCCCUGCUAAGAGAUACUCUGACCCCUGUGUUAGAGCUGUUGUGAUCUCCAAUUCUCUAUGUGUGUUUAUGCGAGAAACCCACUUAAAUGAAUGAGCUAAAUAUGUCACUUACCAGUAUGAUCUGGAACUUGACCGGUGGUCUCUGCGGCAGCAUAUAUCUGAACGUGUACUAUGGGACUUAGGGAGAGAUUUUCGAUGCACUGUGGGGAAACUUUAUCCAUCCUGCCUUGAAGAAUCUCCAUGGAAACCACCGACUUGCCUUUUUUCACCAGAUGGGACAGACGACUUUGAACUUGAUGGAGAAAUGGUUGCACUGCCACCUGUAUAGUUAGAGAGUUCAGGGAGUGCACGCCUGAGUUAUGUGCUUUGUCAUUUUCUUUGUUAAAUGAGAGGCUAUGAAAGAACUUAAGUAUGAGUACAUAA